GACCAGGUCAGUCAUCAUCACCAUGAUUGUCAACAUGCCUGUCAAUGGCGCGGCAGGCAGUGCGACCAACAACAAUAACAACAACAACAAUAGCCAGGCCACAAAUCAGAACAAUGGAGGAGCACCUGGUGACUAUGGCCACUUCCUCAAGCGAAAGUACGAGGAGGAGCAGGAACUGGCCUUGGGUCACGACUACGAGGCCAUCGAGGCGAAUCCUUGGAAGAAACGUCACCUGGACUAUGAUGCCGGCGAUCUGCAAUUCCAUUUGCAGCUGGAACCGCCGCCCACGGCUCAUAAUACGCCCACAUCUGGCGUUGCCGCUGCCGCUCCCUCCUCUUCCUCCUUCAUCAACGAUCUGUUUGCCUACGACAGCAGUCUUCUGGUGCCCGCCGCCACAGCCACCGUUGCCGCCGGCGGCGGAGCCUAUUCCCAUUGUCCGCCGGCAAAUGUACCGCUGGAGGAUAACGGCGGCUGGACGGGCGGUGAACUGCUGGAGCUGGAUCAUCGUUACAACUCGGGACUGCAGGCGGAGUUGGGUCACCUGAAUGCCACCUUGCCGCCGCCGCCACCGCCGCAGCCACAACAGAAUCAACAGAACAACCAGAAUCCAAGCCAGAACCCAAGUCAAAAUCCUAGCCACAAUCCAAGUCACAAUCCCAGCCAGAAUUUAAGUCACAAUCCUAGCCAGAAUCUAAGUCAGAGUUCCAGCCAGAAUCCCAGCCAGAAUCCCCAUCAAAACCAAAACUUUUUGGUGCCCCAAAAGCAGCGGAUAUUGACGGCAGGCAGGCGCACCUCCUCGGGCUCCAGCUCGGGCACUGGCUCGGUGGCGGGCCCAGGAACCGAUGCCUCCGAGGCAGACUUUGAGGACAAGAAUCUCUCCUGGUUGCUCAACUUCAAGUUCGAUGAGUUUCCUCACCUGUCGCCGCACCAGGCAUUGGGACUGCCGGCGGAGGGCAGUUCUACGCCGACGGCAACGACGGUCAGCACAUCGCCCUGUAGUUCUGCAUCGCCCACAUCCUCAGCCUCAGCCUCAGCCACGGCAGCCGGCUCAAGCCAUUCCCUGGGAUCGACGGUGAUAGAUCAGCAGCAGCAGCAGCAGCGAGUUAGAUCGCCCAAAAGCUGCGCCAACACGGGGAUGGCUACGCUGGCGGGGGCAGGCGAUGCAGGAGGAGGUGGUGUUGGUAAUGGUGCUGGUGGAGCAGCUGCUGGAGGAAGUGUGGGAUCCACAAAAACGGGACGCAAGUUCGAGGAGCUGGUCAUGGAGGUCACCUCGGAGUUGGACGGUAACGAUAUGAUUGUCGCCGAGCAUGUGGUCGUCGAGGAUACAACGUCCAAGGCGCCAAAGAAACCACCGUUCACCUACACGGAGCUCAUCGAAUACGCCCUCGAGGACAAGGGUGAGCUGACUGUGUCGGGCAUAUACCAAUGGAUAUCCGAUCGCUUUCCCUAUUACAAAUCAAACGAUGACCGCUGGAAAAACUCGGUGCGACACAAUCUCUCCAUAAAUCCGCAUUUUCGCAAGGGCGUUAAGGCGCCCCAAGGUGCUGGCCACCUGUGGGCCAUUUCCAGUGGGGAUUCCGCUGAAAAUGUCCUGGCCUGGGAGCAUAAGAAGCAGCGUUUGGAUUUGUUCUUUAAAAUGGAGUCCAUCAAUCGGGAGCGCAUUCAACAGCAUCAGCAGCAGAUGCAGCAGCAGCAGCAACAACAACAGCAGCAGCAGCAACACCAUCAACAUCAGCAGCAGCAGCAGCAACACAAUUGCCACUCUCCACAGCAGCAGCAUGCAACGCAGCAACAUGCAACUUCCGGCAACAAUUGCCUGUAUGAUGAGGCGGCCGUGGCUGCUGCCACGCUUACCCAGGAGAUGCUGCAGCAGCAGGGGCCAGGAGGCAAUGGAAGCGAUAGCUCCCAGCAUCACAGCAACCAUCAUCAUCAUCAGCAGCAGCAGCAGCAUCAACAACAGCAGCAGCGGUUGCUGCCCUUCAAUGAUCUCCUGAGCGACGAUGAGCUGCGAAAGACUGCAGGUCAGAUCCUUAAUGGAAUACAUCGCGAGGUGGAGGUUCAGUCGGUGAACUCCAUCAUCAGUACCUAUCACGAUGUCUUGCUGGAUAAUGAAGACUAUCUCAAUCCCAUACACAAGGACGUGGUGGUCACGGAAAGUGGUCUAAGACAACAACAUGGCCAUCUGGGCCAUAGUCUGGGCCAAAGCAGCAGCAGCUCGCAAUACUACAUCACCGAGAUUGAUCCCAUGGAGCUGGGCAUACAGAUGUCCCAUCAGGUGGAGCCCUCCGAGGAGGAGGUGCUCUUCAGUGAUGAAUUUAAUUUGAAUUACUUUGGCUAUAAUCCUGGCAGUGAUAUUGUCGCCUGACCGUUGCGCCACAAUAACAACAACAACCGACAACAUCAACAGCAGCAGCAACAACAACAGACGCCUGCUCCAGCUCCUGCUAUUGUUCCCGCUCAGCCAAGCCAUUGAUCCCUGCAACAAUCGUACUUGUAGCCGAUAUAACUCAUAAGCCAACUCUAAACGAAUACUAGUCACACUUUAGCCACACUAACCAGUAACCACCUAAAGACUUUAGGAAGUCCUAGUUCCAGUACCACUCCCAGAACCCCCUCUCCCCCUAUGUAUAGUGUAUUUUUUUUGUGUCAGUACUUUAGUUGAAUAUAACGUAGAUCCUUAGGUUAAGUAGCUUGCUAGCCCUAAGUACCAUAUCCCUAUAUAUAUAUAUAUACAUCUAUAUACGUAUGUCUCUUAGCCCUUGCUCAAGUCCGAGCCUAGUUAAGUGUUUUUACAUCUAGCCGAAUAUCCAUCCAAGCGUAAAUGAUACCAGAAUCUCCUCGAGCAAUACUAAUCCUAGUGCCUGGGAGAAACUGUUUACCCUUACGCAUGUCCGUAGAA